UGCUCUGCGCGUAUGAUCUUUGAGAACAUGGUGGUGGAUCAGCAGCCAGUCAAGACAGCAGGACAACAACACAGCAGAGAUCACUAUUUUCAAGAACUGGGAUUUUAAAGAAGGCAAUAAAGACAUGCAGCGGUCGUGAUUGACGUCUGAGUCUUCUGGCAAACCACGAGAGACAAAAGCAAAUCCGGAUUUUACCACUGUGACUUGUUUUUUGGGGACCUGAGGUGGAGCUUUACUGGAAUCGUAUUGCCUUCUAGCUCGCUGGCUAACAUGCAGCUUUAGUGUUUGGAUUUUGCACAAAAAAACUGGGAAUUCUGGGAUAAAAUCGAGCUGGAAUUUGCAUGGGCUGCUACUAUCUCGACCACUUUAAAUAUCCAUCUAUUCGCACGCAGUUAAAAGUCAUGCUGGCCUUUCAUCUUGCAGACAUAAGCAGGUUAGCUAGCCACCUCUAAAGGACCGACUCGUUGGCGCAGCUGGUAGCCGAACCCACGGCGCUUUCGGUCGGCCUGAGGACCAACGCCAUGCCGCGGCUUGAAAUCGGCCCUUCAGCAGAGCUAACUUCAGGAAGCUAACGCUAGCUGGAUACAGCAGGGCCCCGCUUCAGAUGGUCCUUAUCAUUCCCUAGCCGGUUUGUUAGAUAAGCCACAACUCAAAGUCGAGAAGCAGCUUUAACAUUCAUCCUGCGCGGAGUUUGUUUUAAUUUUUAUUUUAAUAAGCGAACUGCAAAACGUAGCUAAUGCCGGGUAAUCUGCUAAUUAGCCAGCUAGUUCGUUAGCCAACGGUAGCGUCUGUGUCGGCUGUUGUUUACAGUGUUAGUAUGAACAUUUCCCCCCUUUUGUUAAACUAAGGUACGUUAUUUGGUGUAUGGAGGCAGAAAGCCACAUACACAUCAGUGCAGGUGACAUUGGGCCAUUCGUGUGAAGAGUUUUAAUAACCUAUGCAAAGCGUGUGAGUGAGAAAAGCAGCGACAUUUAAGUUAGUGCGUCGCUUUUAUGGGACCAUUUAGGUCGGCACAGCUGUCCAAAGCCACGCAUGUAAACAAGCCCCGACUGCGUGUGUAGUUACACUGAAUUAUCUUCCAGGAAUCAGCCUUGCACAGACACUAAAUGGCAUGGGAGUUGUUGACCUCCUGCAGCAUAGCGAGACAUAUCAGCCAUUCAUUCAUGAUUGAUGACCUUUGAGGAAGCAGACUGUCCCUUUUUUAUCUGUUUUCCACUACAGCAGAAACCUACACCAAGCUACCAUCAGCCUGUGUUAUAGUAUAUAUUUUUAACCACUAAUGUAAUCCAUUGAAGGGGAGAUACUGAGGACUUUGUUUUUCCCACUGACACCUAACUGGAACCACUGGGGUUGGAUGGGAACAUGAGGAGCACUCUGUCUGAUCUGAACAAGCCUCCCAGUAGCUUGAAGAUCUGAUCAAAGCACAACAUAGAGCCCCAUUGUGUGGACUGAAAACCGACGAGGAAAGAGAUGAUGGGGAUGAUGAUAAAAGAGGCCCAGUGACAGUGUUGAUCCCGCACCAGGAAGCAGAGGAGUGUCACAAGGCUGCAGACAUGAGUCUCCGCCAACCAACCUCUACGUUGGACAGCAGGGCAGCCAAUAAGAAAAACGCCCACCUGUUCAGGCUCAGCAGUCUGACCAUCGGGGACUCGGAGCGCAAAUCCUCUGCCACCCAGCAGAGGGAGCCAACGGCUGACAUCCCUGUCGAGAGUACGGGUCCCGGUCUUGUGCAGAGGUGUGUGGUCGUGCAGAAGGACCAGCUCGGGUUUGGCUUCACAGUGUGUGGAGAGAGAGUGAAGCUAGUGCAGAAUGUCCGACCAGGUGGUGCAGCAGUCAAGGCCGGGGUCCAAGAAGGAGACAGAAUCAUAAAGGUGAACGGGUCGCUGGUGUCCUCCAUGUCCCAUCAGGAGGUGGUAAAGCUCAUCAAAUCUGGACCGUAUGUAGCCCUGACACUACAAGGACCACCCCCUUCAACUGCCUCCUUGCCCUUAGAGCCUCUCCCCACUGACCUCGCACCGGGUCACAGAAAGUCUCUGGGUGGGGAGGCCCCACCCCCUCCACCUCCACCCUUGCCCUCUGGACUGAGCAGCACCCCUUCCCAAAGAAUCACUGGACCUAAACCACUACAGGACCCAGAAUUACAUAAACAUGCCACUCAGAUACUCAGGAAAAUGCUGGAGCAGGAAGAGGCCGAACUACAGGACUUGCUGGAGGAGCAGCUGAAGAACCCGUCGCCGUCAUUGGAGGAGCGGAUCGAAAGUGCCAAGAGGAGAGCCCACCAAGUCAGGGUCAAGAUUCAGCAAGAUCUGGAGGGCACGCGGUCAGAGUCUGCCACGAGCUACGUCAUUGCAGGAGAAGGUCGACUCUCGAUGGACUCAAGCGAAGGAGACACGGAGGUAGGCCGCAGUGUCCUGUCUUCUCCCGCACUGGCCUUUGAGAGUCCCCACUCCUCCCCCUCAUCCUCCUUCAGGACCCCCCAACACCGACGGCAGAACUCCGACACACACACCCUGUCUGAUUCGGGCGGAAAGGCCCAGAUCAUCGGCCCAGAGGAAGAGGAUGAAGAGGAUGGCGGUUAUCCAUUUAACGAGAUGGACGGUCCGUUCCAGGACAUUGAGUUAUUGAAGUCGCGACCGGCGCACAUGGCCGUGUUCAUGAGAUACGUCUUUACCCAGCUUCUGGACCCCAACCCUCUGCUGUUUUACCUGUCAGUGGAGGCCUACCUGGGCUCCAGUCCUAAAGACGCCCGCGCACUUGCACCUCAGAUCUGCUCCCAUUUCCUGGACCCAGAUGCUCCCCUGAAAAUCAAAGUACGAGAGGAAUACCUCACAGAUAUAGAAAGUCGACUUCAUGCCCAGGAGGACAUCAGAGGACCUCUGUCUGAGCUGCAGCAGCAGGUGCUGCCAGACAUCCAGGACCAGAUACAGGACUACAGGAACAAGCAGAUGAUGGGUCUUGGCUCUCUGUUUGGAGAAGGAGACCUGCAGCAGCUGGAUGGAGACCCGAUGAAAGAGAGACAAGUGGUUGACAGACAGGUCACUGCCCUCUGGGAAAUACUAUCAAAGCACGAAGAGGACAGAAGUUCUCCUCUGGCGUCGGCAGUGCUCCUGUACCUGCGUCAUUCUGGUAUCAAGCUAAGAGACUCCAAGGUCUUCCCUGGUUUGAGCACAGAGAAGGAGAAGUGGCUCGCUUUCUUAAAGACGAAAAAGCUGAGUGGUACCAAGAAAGAGAAAGAUGGAGAGGAUAAAAAGAGAAAUCCCAUCCUGAAGUACAUCGGCAAACCCAGGAGCACAUCCCAGUCCACAUUCCAUGUCCCGUUGUCACCCACCGAAGUCCGUCCCGGCAGUGUGAGGAACAUCAUUCAGCAGUUUGAGAAUCACACGGAGACGACGGAAGAGGAGGGGGGUGACGCUGCUGACCCCCAAAGGCUCUCCUCCAGCAGCCUGGGAGAAGACGGCAUGGACAGCCCUACGGUCUCAGUGCGUCUGGCACGUAGCGAGUCAUUGAAGGCUCAGGGAGAGGGGCGUCGGCGGGGUGUCGUCUCAGGGACGGAGUCUGUCCCUCGCUCUCGCAGCGACGUGGACAUGGAGGACUGCGGGGAGGGGCCGGGCCUCAGGCCGUUGCAGCACAGCGCGUCGUCAUCUGCAUCUAGCAGCUCUGCGCGGUCUCUAGAGAACCCUACACCCCCAUACACCCCUCGGUCUAGACGCAGGAGUGUAGACUCACCGCUGGCGCUGCUGCCAGACGCUGCGGCGCUGGAGGAAGACGUGUACGACAGUCAGAACUGGCAGGACACAGUUCCUCCUCAGCUCCUCGCCACGCUCAGUCCGAGGGAAGUGGACAGACAGGCGGUCAUAUACGAGCUGUUCACCACUGAGGCGUCUCACCUGCGGACCUUGAAGGUCCUGGACCAGGUCUUUUUCCAGAAGAUGAGGUCUGUGCUGAACUCUGAUGAGCUCGCCUGCAUCUUCCCCAACCUGCCCCAGGUCUAUGAACUCCACGCAAGUCUGUGCGAGGCGAUGAAGAAGCGAAGAGAAACUCCCAUCGUUCAGGACAUCGGCGACGUUAUGCUGGCCAGGUUUGAAGAUGCAGCUGGAGAUGAGUUCCAGGAACAGGCGUCCCAGCUGUGCAGCCAGCAAUCUCAGGCCCUGGAGCUGAUCAAGAACAAACAACGUAAAGACCCUCGCUUCGCGCACAUCAUCCAGGAGUGUGAGGCGAGUCCCCACUGUCGGAGGCUGCAGCUCAAAGACCUGCUGGUGUCGGAGAUGCAGAGACUCACCAAGUAUCCUCUGCUGCUGGACAACAUCAUUAAACACACAGAGGCGGGUUCAUCGGACCUCCCCUCACUUCAGCGCGCCCAGGCGUGUUGCAGAGGGAUACUGCAGGCUGUCAACGAGGAUGUGAGGGAAACGGAACACCGGCAACGCCUCAGCCAAUACCAACGCAGGCUGGACGCCGCCCCGCAAUUCAAGAGUCUGGACUUAUCCACUAAGAGAAUGAUCCAUGAAGGUCCUCUCACGUGGAAAGUCAACAAAGACAAGCAGAUAGAGAUUCAAGCGCUGCUGCUGUCAGACUGCCUGGUCCUUCUACAGAGGGGCCCAGACGACCGGCUGCAGCUCAGAUAUCCAUCCCGCUGGCUGGGUGGAGGCGGAGGAGGCAGCGGAGACAGCAAGACCUCCUUCAGCCCUCUGGUGAAGCUGCACUCGCUGCUGGUCCGCUCAGUAGCCACAGACAACAAAGCCCUCUACAUCAUCAGCACCACAGAGAGGCAGAUCUACGAACUGGUGGCUGGGACGUCAUCGGAGAAAAACAACUGGAAAGAUUUACUAGAAAAGACCAUCUCAUCGGCAGAUGGUUCAUCACCCCUGAUCAAUCACGGAUCCAUGCGUCUGUCGUCCCCCAGUCUACGCAGUGCGUCCCCAGUCUCAACUGGCAGUAAUGUCUAUGCAGACAAUUCCAUGACGGAGCCGUCGGACUCCAUGGAGACUCAUUCCAACAACGACGACAUUGUGCUCUCAGCCAACACACCUUCGGACCAAUCAGAAAGGAAAGCUGCCGGUGUGGCAGAGGCUGCUUUACAAGACGUUGAAACACUAAAGCAGCUCAUAUUACGGGAUUUAGAAGAGGACGGUUGGAGCCACGAUUCCGAUGACACGCCCACUAACGAGACGACCAACGAAAGGAGCUCGUUCACAGAGAGACAGCGGCCAGAGUCUCUGGAGACGGUCCUCAACUUCAGCGUCGACGAAUGGGAGGCCGAGCCUGAAGAGGUUCCGCCCCCGGACACCGAGCAGCCUAGCGUUCAGGUCGUGAGAAAAGCUGUGGUUGCGGGUCCUUCUUCUUCUUCUUCUGUCCCUGACGACAUCACUGAUGAUGUCGCCCUCCCCUCCGACCAAUCAUCCAAGCCGAGAGGCAAGGCCACCGCGCAGGGGAACACUUUCUACCUGGUAAUGCCUACAGAGCAAGGAGAGAGCAUCACCGAUGACCACGACGACCCCCCGACCCCCACCGCCAGCCACUUCCCUCAGCCUCUCGAGGAAGUGAUGUCACCACAGACGCAGCCGGAGGAGGAAACGUCCGACUGCGUCCCCGCGCCCGACCGAUCGGAGGCUAUGCAACCGGAACAGGAAGAAGAAACGGGUCAAUCGCAGGCGGGGCACCAGAGCCACGUGAUCAAAAACGUGGACGAGAUUUUCCACACGAUUGAGGGGUUGAUGAGCAAGUUGCGGCAGCUGAAGGAAAUUGAGAAGGCCCAUCACACGCUUUUGAAAACCCUCAGAGAGCCAUCUGUCAAUCAGGAGUCAGAGGACCAACCGUGUCCCUCGGCAACCGUCUCCAGAACACCAUCACUGGAUCGCGGAUCAGGAGACGCAGACAAAGAGGGCAUCCCAGCAGAGCCCAAGAUUCAGUCGACUGGAUUCUAACAUCGUUGCAGAGUGGAUUUACAUGUCACCCAAUCUUGAUGGAGGCACCAAUAUGUACCCACCGUCAGACUCUGGCACCUCAGCCGUGCCUCCCCUCGCCCCUCGUCCCUGCAUGCACUGGCCAGUGGAACAGAGCCCAGGAAGGACCAUGGCUGUUUGUUUCGUUGUUGUUUUCUGUUGCCCUGGGACACCAGGAUGCCGGACGGACUCACUGGGAUUUCUGAGGGGGUCAGCACAACCUCUGACUUCUACCAGAACAUGAGGGAGUCCAGGAUGGAGUGAGGGAAAAAAGUAUGAAGGAACAAAAAAAAAAAAAAAAAAGGCAGAAGACAAGUUGACUGGCGAAGAGGAAGGAAAAGUUGGGAAGAAUUGAAAGUGGGGAAAAAAAAAUGUUGGAUACUUGUGAAGGAAAAUGAGUUGUACGUCUUGCUUUUUAAAGAGCUGGUUGAAGGAGCGGAGCAGAAAAGUGUUGAAAUGUUAAUUUAAGGAAAAAUCCGAGGGACCCAUCACCCCUGCACUUUACCCACAAUGCAUCCCUCUGUCACGUACGUCCUCCACAGUGGACGGAUCAGGGACUGGAGAUGCCACUGGCCUCCGGGGGGCCCCUCUCCCCCCUCCUCCCACAUUGGUUGCUUUACACUGAGUUCACCUGCCACCACGGCCGAAGGACUGUGUCUAUAUAAUUCAGGUUAUUUGCACUGGGUAAGGAAACCAAUAUCACACACACACACACACACACACACACACACACAGCAUUUAACCGUUUCAUUCAGAAACACUACAGUUAUUAUCACGCUUACAUUAUCAUAUUCAUAUUCAGUGCAACAUAUUGAUCAUAACGUGGUUCGUCUUGAUUGUUCAUUGUUCAUUUUAAGUUCUGGAAACACUACUGCGCUGUUUACUACUGAAAUGCUGGCAGGUUUUAUUUUCAGCGCUGCUUCAGAGGCAUACAGGGAUCUAUUCAGUUUUUUUUGUUGUUUUUUUUUAAAAUAACAAGCUCAGUGGAUUCACACAGGUGUUCUGAUCAUGUAAAGAUGUUUUAGGUUUUGGGUGAUUCAGGAUGUGUUCGGGGCAAGGUUCGAGACAGGCAAUGUUGACGACGACGAGCGAGAGGGAACGGGACGAAUACUGAUCCAAACCCGGAAACUUGAAAUUUUCACUGAAGACCUGUUUGUCACUCAAUCAAAUUGCUGCCAAAUAUCACCGCUGACAUUGCCUGUCUACACUUUUAAAGAUUUGACUGUGCAUCCUUUUAGCCCUCGCUCCAGCGUAUUGUGUGUGUAAAUAGCACGGUGAAUACUGUGAACCAGCAACAAACCCCUUCUCCUAUGAUCCAGUGGUCAUACCAUGCAUAGUGUUUAUAUCCACAUCCAAAGCUAUGAAAUGACUGUGCUCUUUAUCAAGUAGCCUCCCAGAAAGACACCCCCCCCGCCCCGCCCCCCACCCAGCCUGCACAGAACAACUCAUAUUAACUGGGAAAAGUUUUGUAAAAUGGAAUUUUACAAACUCAAGUUUACGCACAUGGUCCAAGUAUAACAGCUAUAUUUAACUGUCCUGUGACUGCAGCACAGUUGGAUCAAGCAAACAUUUGAAGGAAUAGCUUGACUGGAAAAUGCUAUUAUUUGCAAAGAUCGAUACCACUGUUUAAAUAUAUAGAAUACACAUAAAGAGCCAGCAGCUGGUUAGCUUAGCUUAGCAUAAAGACUGGAAACGGGAGGAGACGGCUAGCCUGGCUCUGUCCAAAGGUUAACCUACCAGUACCUCUAAAGCUCACUCAUUCAUGUUACAUCUCAUCAGUUACUGGAGUCUCUGCAACCUCGCAGUCACGACAAGACGGGAGUCACUGUGCCCGACCACGUGGAGUUGUUAUCGAUCUUAGCAAGAAAGCAAGAAGAGUAUUUCCCAAAAACUAUUCCUUUAACUAUUUUUGGAUCAUGUUCAGGAGUGAUUUAAUGUCCUCGACGUUCAUAAAAGUUUUUGUAUGCCUCGGUUGAGGCAUGUGUAACCAGCAAUGACUGACACUAAAGCCAAGUGCUUUUCUUUUCUUUCUUUUUUUACCCUCAAACUCCAGCUGUCCUGAACUAAUUCUAACACACACUAGACCGAAAAAUACGUAUUUAAACUGUGACAAGGAAAUAACUUCUUCUCGAGAUAGUUCUUACGUGAACCAGUUUAAACGUUUCUUCUCUUUCUUUCUCUUACCAAGCUGGGCAGGAUCACACUGGACUGAAUUUUUUUUUAUUUGAGCUGGUUUCAAAUACUUAACUGAGGAGCGCUUUAGUGAGUCACCCAGCGUCUUUACCAGCUUCCAAUCCGACAACACACUACCAAACUGAACCAAACCGAGAGCCAAGAACUUUUUGAUACACUACCAGCCACUGAUUCUGCUAUUAAAAACGAUAUUUCACUGCCCGUUGGAAGGUUUUCACUCUUUAGCCAAAACACACCAAAGCAGUCGUCGGUGAGCGGUGUAACUCGGCUGUCGCAUAUGAACAAAAAAAAAUAAAUAUUGCGUCUUCAAAUGAGAGCUAUCGAUCGCUGGGACAGCUGAUUUUUGGCAGCUGACUGUACGAACUUGAUGAAUUUGUGCUAAAAUGUGAAAAUGUUCAACCGAAGUGGAGUUUCUUUUCAGAGGUGUUGAGGGAGGGGAGGGGGGCGGACACCUUUUUCGGAUGCUGAUUUUCAAGCAGCUCAGAACAAAAGUUUUGUCCAUGAAAAGACAACAAAACGUAAAAAGAUUCCUCCGUUUUAACACUACGGGCGCACGUUCAUCACACACGUUAUUUGUUGAGCUGGUUGAAUCAGGAUCUCCUCUGCUACUCGACAAACCCAUUCCCACACACCCCCUCUUCUUUCCUCCCACUACUAACUACAGCAUUUUCCAUCUCCAAUUUCUACCUCUACACUUCAGUUUCUUUAUAUCUUCCAUGAUUUCUAUUUUUAUUUUAUUUUUUUCCCCCAUAUGUUUUAUCUUGUACAUUGACAUCAGCGUUAAAGCCCUAACCGGCUGUAAAAAAACAAACAAAAAACAAGCUACAACUGAUUCUUUUUUUUUUUUUUUUUUUUAAAUGUUGCACAAACAAACUUCCCUGCACGGUGCAAACUACUGUAUGCAUACACACGUCUUUUACUAUCAUCUCAUUGUCUUUUUAUUUUGUGUCUUUUUAAGAAAAAAAAAAUAAACCUUGUUCACUCAUGUAAUAUAGAGAGAUCAGACCCACUUGUUUUAUAUAUGUUAAUUUUUUUCUGUAAAGCCUUAGUCCUCGUAUUUGAUUUUAUUUUUGUAGAUAUGAUUAAAAAAAAAAAAGGAUGUAUAAAUUAUUUUCUUCUCCCUUGUUUUUAAAAUUGGUGAGAUUGUUUAGCUGCACAGAAGGAAAAAAAAAGAGCUCAUGUCUCAGAUUCAUGUGUUUUGUGAGAUUAAAAAGAAACUGGAUAAAGAAAA